CCUCUCCCGUCUUCUGCCUUUCAGCCGCUCUGUUCAAGUCCUGGUCCAACGGUACCUGACUACUACUCACGCUACUCCUCCGUCACCACUGAUCAGCCGCAAUAAGCAACCUCGAUUUGGAGCAGCCCGCAUCGCGCAUUUUCGGCACGAGCAAAUCUUACAUCAUGGCACUCCGUACCUUUCAUCCUGUGCUCCAGCUCGCCCCGACGACUUCUGCGGAGGACCCAGGGACCCGCAUCUUGACACUUGGAUGGCGGGCUCCCCUGCCGGCUUUUUGACGUCGAUCCUGCGAUCCAAGCUGCGGUUCAGGCUCAGACGCACGAUGUCCUUCUCAUCCUCCUUGUAUCUUAGUAAGGAGUCUUUACCACUUCAUUUUCCUUUCCAUCCUCUCCUAUUCUGUAUCGAAUCAGUCUACUACACCAGACAUAAAGUCUAUCAAGUCCAGCCUUGACAGUAAUAAACGUCAUUCGUGAUACUACCCACUUGGCACCGCAAUCAUGACCGGACGACGUCAGUCUGCUCGUAUUGCCUCCCAGAGUUCCCAAACCAGUCAACCCCCUUCAUUUUCCGAGCUACCACCUCAAAGGAAGGCAUCAUCUGGUGGGCGCAAGCGUAAAAAUGAAACCACCGGUACUUCGCCAUCAGCCAAGCGCGGCAAGACCAACGACGAACCCGAGCAGAAGACUCUAGAAGAAACAUUCUCCAACGGCGAUGCACCUGUUGAGAAGCAAGACUCCAAGGUCGAGCAGAAUGGUACGGACCCAGCUCAGGCACCUUCAGAGACGACCCAGCCGCCUGAACCCAAGGCCGAGAGUAAUGGCACAAAAGCACCUAAUGGAACGGAAUCUCAGCAACAGGAUGAUGUCGAGAUGACGGGUACAAAUGGUCAGCCAGAAGACAAGGGUGAACUUGCAAAGGAUGCCGAGGCCGCAAAGCCUGAACAUAGUGAAGAGCCAAAGACCGAGCCUGCAGGCACGGAGCCAUCGAAGGAGAGAGGGGAAGAGAAGUCUAAGCAGACACAAGACCUCUCUAAACAGGCUGAAGAUGUGGAGCCGGCCAAGCAAGAGGAAAAGCCAGCAGAGGCGACAGCGGAGAAGCCAGGCGACAAGCCAAAUGACAAGCCAGCGGAGACGACAGCAGAGAAGCCGGCAGACAUGCCAGCGGAGAAGCCAACAGACAAAGCAGAGGAGAAGCCUGCAGAUACAACAGCAGAGAAGCCAGACGACAAGCCAGCGGAGAAGCCAACAGACAAAGCAGAGGACACAUCUGCAGAGAAGCCAGAGGAAAAGUCGUCAUCCGUCAAUGGCAACGCAGUCAUCCCUCAUGCUCGUCAAGAAAACGUGCCUUCGACCAUCCUUGAAAAGGGUAUCAUCUAUUUCUUCUUCAGAGCCCGAGUCAACACCGACCACCCUCACGAUGUAAAUGAUAUCGCCAGAAGCUAUAUGAUUAUGCGACCGCUUCCACUUGAUGCUAAGCUCGGCGAUGGACCGAUUGGAGAUGACAACAAUUGCCGACUCCUCGCUUUGCCUAAGAAGGUCCUUCCCCUCAGUGGAAAGGACCGCUUCAUGACAUUUGUGGAAAAGGUCAAGACCAAUUUCAAAGACCUCAAAGAAUCAUUCAUGUCUGGCUCUGAGUACGCGACCCAGACGGCCGGCACUAGCCACAGCCCUCCUGUCACACCAGUCGCUGAAGGUAUCUAUGCUAUUACGUCAACUGGUCGAGAAUCUCAUCUUGCCUACAUCCUGACCGUCCCAUCAGAGUUGGGUGAAGUGCAGAAGGAUCUUGGUCUCCGGCCACGAGGCAGCUUUGUCACUAGUGUGAAGAAUCCUACAGCCUCAGCGCCCAACAAUGUGAGCCUUCCAAAGGGAGCAGAUUAUCCCCAAGACAUACUUGACGAAUUCCGCGGCUUGCGCUGGAAGCCCUUGGAGCCGAAAUUCCUCGAUUAUGAAAACACGCAAUUCUUGGUCAUUGGUGAGAGCUUCGACCACGCCACUGAGCAACGACCCAAGGAUGAUAGGGAAAACAAUGAGCUGCCAGAAAAGGAACUAGAGAGACUGGAGGGCGAGGACGAGAUCCGAGUCAAGCAUUUGAAGGGUGACGACGCAGUCUUUGCUGACCUGGGAAUUACGACCAAGGAGUUUCCCAAUGUCCCAUCGACAUGGUAAAGGCAGGGAGCGAAUCAUCAACUGCAGUUCCAUAUGGAAUCAAGUGUCAUUGAAUGUGGCAGCUGUACCUAAACACCAAAAUUUGUAUUUCUGAUUGUCGUUAUAGUCAUAGCUUACCCUCGUACUAUGCCAGGGUCGUUUAAUGAUGACUGCCAUCUGAACAUGAAGAGAAAU